GAGCGGUAAGCUCUCACCAAGCACUGGUGUUAUUACUUUUUGAUGGACUAAGUAAGUAUAAAAAGGCUUCUGAUCUCAUCUAUUUUCUUUCCAUAUCUCUCUUUUACGUUGCUUAUUCUAGUGUGGGAUCAUACAACGAUUCACAUUCUAUUCCUUAAUUUCAGAUAAAAAAAAUCUUCGUUAACCAUCAUAUUACAUCAACCAUGGGUCUCGCCACAUUCCAAUCAGUCAUUCGUUACUCCUUGAUGCUAGUAGCGUUAACAGCGUUCGGAUUUGACAUGUUUUUCCUCUAUGUCUAUAUCCAUUAUCCGGAAGUGGUUAUGUUCUGGCGAUAUUACGCUGGCACAGCUCUGGUCGGCUUUCUCUUCUUGAUAUUGGUCUUUUCAGAGAUUGGAUACCGUAUCAAAAACGCUCAACGACGACGAUAUGAACGACAAUACAAUUAUAGUUCCCAACAGUAUGUAUCCUUCUCGUCUCUUCAUACCCCUAGCUUGGUACACCCUGUCGUUGCCUCACCGCCUUUUGCUGCUGCUGCUACAACUGUUGUCCCGGGAUCAAGUGAGCCUGAGGGUGGGGUCAACAAUAACUAUAAGAAUAGUGAUAACAAUAAUAUCCAUGGCAAUAUCGUCAAUCUCUUGACGGCGCCCGAUGAUGCAUAUCAUCUUUACCCUCGAUAUGGAAUUGUUACACCAAUUGAACGCCGUUCUUCCUGCGUCACUGCUUGGUCCAUCAUUCGCUUCUUAGCUGUCUGGCUCAUCAGUGCUGGUCUUCUCAAUAUCUCUAUCCAAGCUUAUCAACGACAUGAGCGCCAAAUCUUUACACUGCCCUUCCAACGGGAUACUCAAGAUCGCGCAGAUAUCUACGAUGGACGCUACGGCAUCUACAACCCUCGCGACCUCUACAACUGUCCUCAUAUUGUGCGCUCCAAUCUUCUGUCCUACCUCUGCGUGUUCGAUCAAGUCGCCUUAGGGUUUUAUUCACUAGCAGGUCUGUUGGCUGUUGCUGAAGGCAUAGCCGCCGUCAUUGUCGAGAACCGUACUCGAGCAACAUUCAAAGGACUUUACAACCCCAACGAUGAUAUAGCUAAUAAGAUGUGGGGCAAGCAGAAGAAAAGUAUCGACUCCAUGGUGAAAAGAAGGAGCGAGGUCUAUGAUCAAGCCGAGAUGGGCAAUGCUCAUGUGCUUACCAUCCCUGACCACUCUACCACGCUAUCUACAGAUAAUGCCUUGGAGAUGUGCCAGUAUGGGCUUGCACACGCCAAAGCCUGCAUGUAUGAUGAUAAAGCUUCACAAGAAAGGCCUCUCCCACCAUUACCAGCACGUCCUGCUGCAGCACAAGAAAAGGAUAUGGUAGAAUCUGAUCAAUAUCAAAAUUCUCAUGCCUUCACCAGUACAGCCGCCCACAUUCCAUUGGAGGGAAAUGCCAAGGAAGGCCAGCAUUCUCGGAACACGGUUUUAGACUCUUUAGUCGAUCAUAGCGCUUUGGAUAGUAAAGAGGAUUCUACUGCUGCUACUAUGGUAGACCCCACAGGAAACCAACCCGGGCCUUCCAACUCUUUCCCAGUGGAUAUCAAGCGUUCAGAUGGCCUGUAGUUUCUUUUUAUUUUUUUUUUAUUUUUUUUUUUCUGAAG